AUGAAUGUAGAAUAUCUUGAGGAGGAUGAUAUUAAUAAACUUAUUGAUACUAUUAGUGUAAAUUACAAGGAAUGUAAUAAAUAUGAUGAAUAUAUUGAGGAAGAAUUGGAAAGCGAGUUAGAAGAUGAAGAGAAUGUAAUAAGUAACAAAACCUCGGGAAAGGAUAAUUCCAAAAAAGAGGAAAGUAAAAACCCUAUAGACAAUAUUAAAGAUGCUAUUUUUCAAAAAAAAUUUGAAAAUAAACAGGUUACUAAAAAUGUUCAAAACUCAAAAGCAAAGACUUAUCACAACAAAAACUUGUUUACUAACAUAAACGUGAAGAAAAAAAGAAUAAAAGAAAGCAGUGAUGAAUCGAGUGAUAACGAUAGAUUAAAAUCAAUAAAAAAAAUAUCAAACAAUUUAAAGAAAAAAAAAAUAGGAAAAAAAUAG